UAAAAAACAAAAAAGGAACCACCAGAAGAAAUUAAAAACCCACUUAAGGAUUAAAUACAAAAAAUGUCAACUCUGAGCUACAGCCAGAAACAAGAAAAUCAGAAAUAAAGAAGGCAUUGAAAGAAAAGAAAAACAAAUCGCCUGGAAAAGAUGGAAUAAACUGCAGAGAUGCUGAAAUAUGGUGGAAAAGUGGUAAUUAAUACUGUACAUUUCCUUUUUAACAAGAUAUUAAAAGAAAAAAGAAUCCCAAACAACUGGAAGGAAUCCGUAACCAUUAUCCUAUACAAGAAAGGGGAUAAAGCAGAUAUAAAAAACUACCGUCCUAUAACACUCCUCAAUGCAAUGUAUAAACUCAUAACAAAAAUGUUAACCAAUAGAUUGACGACAAAAUUCGAUGGAUUCAGCACAAGUGACCAUUUACCAAGUAUGAAUACCACAUUCCUCUAUAUAUAGCGUGCAUAGAUUUUGAAAAGGCUUUACUUUUCAAAAAGUAUACAAUCAAUGCGUACUCCCUGUUCUCACUUAUGACUCCCAAACAUGGACAAAAUCAUAAAAACCCAAGGAGCAAUGGAAAGACAAAUGUUGCAUGACUAA